AUGGGAAACGUGAAUCUGGUUCUUUUGGACGAGCCAUCCACUGGAAUGGAUCCGACAUCAAAACGACUCAUGUGGGACCUUCUCACGUCACACUUUAAGCCAAACGGACCAAAGAGUGCCAUUCUAACGACGCAUUCAAUGGAAGAGGUAGAGGCACUGUCCACUAAAAUGGCUAUCAUGCGAAAGGGAGUCGUGCAGUGUUUGGGAACGAUUCAACAUCUAAAGAAUAAGUUCGGCUCUGGCUACAUUCUCGAGGUUUCCUUCAAGCCGACAUUUGACGGGGAUCGCAUNAAUGGCUAUCAUGCGAAAGGGAGUGGUACAAUGUCUUGGCACGAUUCAACAUCUAAAGAAUAA